AAAAAAAAAAACACAACAACGUCAACAACAACUGUAGUGGUGGUGUGUAAAUGUAUACAAACCGGAGUGAAACAGCAAAUUUGUUUAUAAUUAAAAAAAAUAAACAUAUUAAUUGAUAUUAAUAAUAAUAAAAAAAAAGGUCAAAUAUGUCAGGUCUUUUUGGUGAAAUAGUGCAUCCAUCAUCAAGAGCAUUUUGGAAUGAAGACGACGAAGAAGAUGAUGUUGGAUUUGAUGAUGCAGCAAAAUUCACCCUUGAAUGGAGUCAAGAUAUUCCAAAAAAAUUCAACACAUUGAUUGUUGCAGAGACACAUUUGAUAGUUGAUUUUGUAAAAGAUUACGUUUUAAAUACUUCAGAAAAUAUAUGCAAUAUUAAGUUAUCAGGAUCGAAAAAUCCAUCUGGUAUUUUUAAGAUAAAUGAUGAUCUAUAUGUUUGUACUGUCAGUGCUGAUGUUGACUUGACAGUUGCUGGUGAUUUUGUUGAAUCGAUUCAUGAUGUACUUAUGAAAACAGAUAAUAUCAUUGCACUUACCUGUAAUCAUAUAUCACAAUUAAAAACAUCUGUUGAAUCAUUGGAGCCAUCAUUCAUGCGAUCAUUGUCAACAAAGAAAGUAUCAGACAUACAAAAAAAAUUUUCACCAGCACUUAAACAACCUAAUAUUGUUUCUGGAGUAUCUGCUGGAGUUGUUGCUUAUUCAGAGGCCAUGAAUUUAUCAGCAACUCUUAAUGUUCUUUAUCUAGAUGGUUUUGAAUUUGAUUCAGAAACAAUUCAACCAUUGAUAAAUAUAUUUGAAAAGUUAAUAAAAAUAAAAUUAACAAAAUUUACAACAAAAAAAACAAAUUUUAAUAAAGGUAAUUUGUACAUGUAA